AUGAUGGACUCGUACGGAGUCCGGAGGUCGGACACCACCAAAGGGCCGCCUCUGCGCAUUCUGUCUCUCGACGGAGGAGGCGUUCGUGGUUACUCCAUGCUCAUCAUCAUCCAGGAACUCAUGCACCGCGCAUUUGUCGACAUCGAAGGCCGCGCGCCUCGCAGACAUGAAAUCCCGAAGCCCUGCGAUCAUUUCGACCUGAUUGUUGGUACCGGCACGGGCGGGCUGAUCGCUAUCAUGCUAGGCCGGCUGCGUCUGGAUUUAGAGACCUGCAAAGAGCUGUACGUUCGCAUGACCAAGAUGGUGUUCGAAACCGACAAGACCAUUGCCGGCAUCCCAUACCGAUCUACGCUGUUCAAGGCCAGCAGGCUGGAAGACGCCAUCAAGCAGGGAGUUUGGGAGCACACUGUGUACCACAAGGAGGGCAACGACACCGAGACAGAAGUGGUCAACCCGCUUGAUUCCCGCCGCUCGUCGGGAUCUCCAAAGCGACAUUCCAGCAACGCCAGCACCGUCAGCUUCAGUGCACGCCAUACUUCCGGCCAUGUCUCCACGCGGCCCCCCAUCAAUAUGAAGUACGGAAAUGGGAAUGCAAGAUUAUACGACGCGAGAGAGAAUAGGACCAAGACUGCCGUGACUGCAAUGUACAAAGGAUCCGGACGAGGAACACCCCCCGUACUGUUACGGUCCUACGAUUCUCGCAAAGAGCCACCGCCGGAAUUCGACUGCAAGAUCUGGCAGGCCGGACGGGCAACUUGCUCUAUUGGCCUCGCUUUUAAGCCCGUCCAGAUUGGUCAGUCAAUUUUCCACGACGAUGGAGCUGGCACAUUCAACCCCUCCCCCGAGGCUCUGGACGAGGCUGUCAUCAACGAGUGGCCAGGACGAGAAGUCGGAGUGUUUGUCAGCGUCGGCACCGGAAAACGCCCUCGUGGAAGCGAUGGAAACCAGCAAGUGUGGUAUGAGGGCUUCCUGGGCGAGUUUGCUGAGGCGCGGAGAAAAAUGAUUUCCAAAAUCGAAGGCUGCGAGAAGAUCCACGAGUACAUGCUCCACGAGCACCUGGCGAAGCGCGGAGUCAAUGUCGAAAACUACUACCGCCUCAAUGUCGAGGUGGGAGUCGGCGAGUUCGGAAUGAACGAAUGGAACCGGUUGAGCGAUAUCAGCACUGGCACUCGGCGAUACAUGCAACGCCCAGACGAGCAGCAGAUGAUCCACGGCAUCUCGACCAGGCUGGCCAAGAUUCACAGAGCAAAGAUACGGUGGGAACAACGAAGCAAUCCUACUGUGCCCGAGUUGGUCAAGUCGACAUCGGAGAACAAUUUUGAGCAGCCUUUUGCUGUAGAGCUGCCCGGGGCGGACAGCCUACACCUGCAGGCAAAUACUCUGAAUUCCCCCAGAGUCUCUGGCGACCAUAUCCGGCCAGGCACCGGACAUUCACGUUACGGCAGAACCGUCAGUCCCGCAUCUGAAAAGGAGACUGUGGACAUGUCGCCGGCCCCGAGCCAGUACAGGGUCGCCUAUUCCGACGAUCCGAUUGCCAUUACGAGCCCCGACGAAGAGUCCAAGUAUCAGCUGCCCGUGGUGCCUCCCAAACAGUACUCUCGAAUCGAACCGCUGUCGAUACCCUCCAAAACAGCGCCGCCUCUGCCACCAAAGACUCCCUUGUCCGAAUACGGCCAUCGACCGCGAGAUUCGGAGACGUCGAUUCCACCUUACCCCGUUGAUGACGACGAAGGCCCGCCUCCGGUCAACAUGGCACGGAAGCCGGACUAUCUACAGUAUUAG